GCCUUCGCUGGAGGCGUCAUCGGAGAGCCGCCGGCGGGCGCGACUUGCAGUGCGGGGCAGGUGGGAGACCACCGCGAUGUCGGCCGGCGGCGCGGCUCUGCAGUCAUUGGUGACGGGUCUUUACGAUGUGCAGGCUUUCAAGUUUGGGAACUUCGUGCUGAAAAGCGGGCUGUGUUCCCCCGUCUACAUCGACCUGCGGGGAAUCGUGUCUCGACCGCGUCUCCUGAGUCAGGUUGCCGAAAUUUUAUUUCAUACUGCCCAAAAUGUGGGAAUCAAUUUUGACAGUGUGUGUGGAGUACCUUACACAGCUUUACCAUUUGCUACAGUUAUCUGUUCAACCAACCAAAUUCCAAUGCUUAUUAGAAGAAAAGAAAAAAAGGAUUAUGGUACUAAGCAUCUUGUAGAAGGGACUAUUAAUCCAGGAGAAACCUGUUUAAUCAUUGAAGAUGUUGUUACCAGUGGUUCUAGCAUUUUGGAAACCGCUGAAGUUCUUCAGAAAGAGGGUCUGAAGGUCACUGAUGCCAUUGUGCUGCUGGACAGAGAGCAAGGAGGCAAGGACAAGCUACAGGCACACGGGAUUCAUCUCCACUCAGUGUGUACAUUGUCCCAAAUGCUGGAGAUUCUUGAGCAACAGAAAAAAAUUGAUGGGGAGAUGGUUGAGAGAGUGAAGACAUUUAUCCAGAAGAAUGUUUUUGUGGUGGCUAGUCAGAAUGGCCCUCUGUCUUCUGUGAAGAAAGCGCCCAAGGAACUCAGCUUUGGUGCUCGUGCAGAGCUGCCUGGGGUCCACCCGGUGGCAUCAGAGCUUCUCAGGCUUAUGGAAAAGAAGGAGACCAAUCUUUGUCUGUCUGCAGAUGUUUCAGAGGUUAGGGAGCUAUUGCAGUUAGCAGAUGCUUUAGGACCUAGGAUCUGCAUGCUCAAGACUCACGUAGAUAUUUUGAAUGAUUUUACUCUGGAUGUGAUGAAGGAGCUAACAACUCUGGCAAAACGUCAUGAGUUCUUAAUAUUUGAAGACCGGAAAUUUGCAGAUAUAGGAAACACAGUAAAAAAGCAGUAUGAAGGUGGUGUCUUUAAAAUAGCUUCCUGGGCGGAUCUAGUAAAUGCUCAUGCGGUGCCAGGCUCAGGAGUGGUGGAAGGCCUGAGAGAAGUAGGGCUGCCUCUGCACCGGGGGUGCCUACUCAUUGCAGAAAUGAGCUCCGCUGGCUCCUUGGCCACCGGGAACUACACUAAAGCAGCGGUUAGAAUGGCUGAGGAACAUUCUGAUUUUGUGGUCGGUUUUAUUUCUGGCUCCCGAGUAAGCAUGAAACCAGAAUUUCUUCACUUGACUCCAGGAGUUCAGUUAGAAGCAGGAGGGGAUAAUCUCGGCCAACAGUACAAUAGCCCACAAGAAGUUAUCGGCAGUCGUGGUUCUGAUAUCAUCAUUGUAGGCCGGGGCAUACUAACAUCAGCACAUCGUCUGGGGGCAGCUGAGAUGUACAGAAAAGCUGCUUGGGAAGCGUAUUUGAGUAGACUUGAUGUGUGAGUGUCUUGGAUACAUUUCUGUGAAGGCUGGAAGAUGCAGUCUGCUGAGAUGCACUGGCUUGAAAUAAUAAUACUGCUUGGCUUCUUCCCCUGGUCCUGCGUUGGAAUGACUUCUGGAUAACCACAGUCUUUAGGGCAAAUUGAACUUGUAAUCCCUGCCUGUAUGUUCAUUUUCAAGCCUUCUUUUACUGAGACUGAUGUUGAUUAGGCACUCACAGUCCUGUUUUGGGGCCUUCCAUGUUUGAGGAUCCCCCAUUUCUAGAUCAAACUUCUUCAUUGCCAUGACACUUUUAUCAUAUGAGGUUAAAACCAGUACCGCAUUUCUUGUGUCCUUUAUUCUGUGUCUAAUGCAAUGCCCAAACAAUAUGUAAAUAUGAGCUGUUCUUUUCUACUUAAAAGUGAUGGUCCAGGUAUGCAAAUGAUACUGAUUCCAGAACUGCUGUUGCUCACUCACCAGGAGCGACAUGGAGAAGUGGGACUAGCUGAGCCUGAACCCAAAACCUGGCUUUCAUUUGAACAGAUGGAGAGGGCUUCUGGCUUGUUUCUUCCCACAGGCAGCAGUUGUGGACCUGUGCUGAAACCUCUUACAGCUUCCUUUUGCCUUAUUUGAAUUACAAAUGGACAAGCUGCUCCUUCAUUUAUUUAAAAUAACUGCCGUGUCAAGAUACCUAAGGUUCCAUUUGGAGGUUUGCUUAAGAAUCUUCCUACAUAAUUGUCCUGACAUUGGCCAGAAGGGAAGUCAGCUUUCACUGGAAAUAGAGGGAAGUGAGCCCAGCAACUGAGCUGCGCUGUUAUCAAAGUUUCUGUGUUUCCACAGCACAGGGGCUGGGGACACCCCUUUCCUCACAGGCCCUACCUUCAUACAGGGCAUGACCAGUUAGGCAACACUUUAUUCACUUCGGUCCCAAAUGCACUGUUUCUCCCCAAAACUCCUGAGUUUCUGGACAAUCCCUCUUCUCUAAUACUAACAUAAGAUGUUUCCCAUUUUUAUGUCUUUGGUCUAUUCAGGAAGCAUCUUGGAAGGAAAUCAAAGGUGUGGUGGGUUCAGAUGGCCAUUUAAAAUGGCCCCAUUCAAGGCCCUGGUUGAGCAGGGUCAGGGUGGCAGUGUAACUUGAAGGCUCUGAGUUCUGAUUCUGCCAGCACACUCACGCUCUGCCCGUGCUGCUUGCCCGGGUCAGGCCUUAGGCAGGGCCAGGUGGGAGAGGACUCUUGCCGUUUCCUUAUGCUGAUAGCUCUUCCCUCCUUGACUGCCCCCCUCUGUUCUCAAAAGACUCAGGUAGAUGAAUUCAGCUCAUGUUUUUAUUGUUCCCUCUUGGAGUUUACCCUUAACAGCUUCUGCUCUGAAGUCCAGCUUGAGCUUCAGGACCCAGUGCUGCAUUUCCAGAGAAGUUCCCUCUGGAAAGGGUAGAUUAUCAAGGAAAAACGCCAGGACAGGGAAGGGGCAUAGCCCUGGGUCUUCUCUGGAGGAGCAGAAAGUUAGGAGGUGGAGGAUAAUUUCCUAAUAAAAACUUGUAAAAUCUC